AUGCUGUAAACUCACAAUAUCGUUAUGUAUACAUUCAACUUGUUUAACAAGUGACCUAAACCUGAGGCUAUACCACAGAUACUAUGCUAGGUAGCGCAUGCAGCAGAGAACCGAUUAAAACCACAGGCCAUAAGCAACAACAAAACAACCACUCCAAUACAAACCAUGGAUGACGCAGUGAGGCUCAGCGCAGACAGGUUUCGUAUUAUAUACGAGGAGAGCUUCAAACUAUGGUCUAGCCUAUAUCAUCGUGCCAUCAAAGACCCCAGCUUGCCUACCUCUUAUCUAUCCCUUCCGGACUUAUUUCGCCUACACCCCUCCUUCUCGAAUAGCUUAGUCUUGAAGCACACCGAAUAUGCUAGUUAUAGCAGCGUGUAUGCCACCGGGUCCUCCACUUGGGGAUCACAGCAGACGAACUGCAACUAUGGGCCACCAUCUUUUCGUCAACAGGUGCAGAUUGAUGUUAUCGCACAAGAUCCAAUAUUAUUGUCCAUCGCCAAGACAUCAAAUAACAACCUCAGCUUCGCGCCGUGGUUCAUUGCUGGUCAUCAAAACUAUAUCGCCGUCCUCACUUUGGCUUGGACUUAUAUUCUCUCUGCUCGCUGGGUCGAAGUAAUGUCCGAACCUUGUUCUCUCGUAUAUUCAAGCAAUAGUGCAGCAGACUAUGAAGAUAGCAUGACAAGCUCUGAAGUUGAUCAGGACGUAGUCAGCGUGGACAUUGGUGAUGUUAGCUCGGAUAAGUUUAGAUGGUGGGCUGCAAUUCUGGCCCCUGAACAUGGUUGGCAAGCAACUAUGAUUUCGAGGGGGCGCAUAUUCCUGUCUCCUUGGUCAAUUCGCCUUCAAUCUGGCCCGAGGUUUUCGUUAUUAUACAAAGCAACGUCGUCAGCUCCUCCACGCCUGUCCCACUCAGCCCCGUCAUUUCGAACCGCUAGCCGUUUUCUUUAUAGCUUCUGUUUAAAACAUAAUAUUUCAGAUCAGAGCUAUGCUGCACUCGCUGCCGUCAUACUGUUUCCAUCCAUGGAAAGCAGUCAGCCACUACAACUACCAGCUCCCGCGAUUAACGGCCGGAACAACCCAAUGAUAACCACAGCUUCCCGAAUUUCGCAACAUCUUCACUAUGAACAUCAACCGGGACAUGAAUGGAUGUGCCAAGGAAACCACUUAGACAGGCUUUUAACUUUAAGCUGUAAUAUUAGGGGUGUACGAUCAAUGUUGCUCAGUGUCUUCUAUGACCCCGGCAUAGAAUGCAACGCUGUAACCCCUUGGCUUCAAGGAGCGGUAGCUUCCAUUGAUUCUCUAGCUUUAGAUAAGCCCCUUAUUCUUGGGCGGAUGCUUAUGGAUCGAUCACCGAAGCUCUCUUUCCUAUGGCUCGGUAUCACUAUCCUUGGGUUGCAGAAGAAAGUCUUACAAGACGCACGAUGGGGGCUCAUCCCAAUUGACCUUCACUCUUCCGUAUGGUCGUGGACGGUGCAAUCAUUUAUGCAACAACCUAUAUCUUAUCCUUUAGUGGUCAAAGGAUCUAUAUCCCGCGCCGAUGAGUGUUGUCUGCCCUUCCUUUCUCAAUCUGGGUUUCACAGCAGGGUCCCUCCCUUACGAAUUCAUUCCGAAUGCAAAGGUCAUGGACUUCAAUAUAGCGGCUUUUCCUGGGAUUGUAUCACCGAUGAAGUGCCAUCGCAACCCACGAGUAGCAUUGCUACAUACACGCCGCUAGGUCUAUCGCUCACACAGAGCAGUGAAGACAUAGAAGAGGUUAAUGUUGACUACACAAAGCUGGAUCGUGAACAUGAGGUUAUAUCAGAAAAUGCAACUCGAAAUAUCUUCAGCUGGCUAUGCAUUGAUGGAUAUGCAUCACACGAGAAGGAUAUUUGGGAAAGUAAGUGGUUUGAAAUCUUAAAUUCUGAUGAUGACGACGACGAAGAAGAUGAGAGCGGGGGCAGUUCUUACAACGGAGGUAGGCAUUCCUCGCGUGUAAAGUCGUGGAUACUCGAGUCAUCUAUAAGUGCGCCAUCCCUUAAUUAGUA